ACAUUGGUAGUCAGUGUAUCCGUCUAGCGAUGGAAGUAACCAGUUCAUUUACAAACCAUUUGGUUCAACCGUUAACAGUUAAAUCGAUAUUAGUUUAAAAAUUAGUUGUAGUUUUUUACUAUAGAUUAAGCUUUUAUUCGUUAUUUCCGCAACGAUUUUAUUGAAAAAUAAAAAUAUAACUUACAAUAUUGGAUUAACAAUUAAAAACAACUUAAUAAGCUAUGGAAGACAUAAUUCUCGAUUCAACACAUGUUUCAAAUGAUGAACAUUUAAUGGUGAAAAUAACCAAUGCGUUUAAAAAAUACGAUACGACUACCGUUUUAAAUGGAUUUAAUAUGAGUGUUUCUAAAGGUGUCAUAUAUGGUUUAUUAGGUCCUAGUGGUUGUGGAAAAACAACUUUAUUAUCAUCAAUUAUUGGACGUACUCGAUUGAACUCGGGUCAAAUAAGAUUGGGAGUAAAACGAAAGAAACAAAUAGGAUACAUGCCUCAGGAUUUAGCACUUUACGAUGAAUUUUCAAUGUUAGAAACAUUUCAUUAUUUUGGUUCAUUAUAUGAAAUGUCUUAUGAUGAAAUUAUUGACAAAGGAGAAAAAUUAUUAAAUUUUAUGGAAAUGCCACCAUGUACCACACAGUUUGGAAAUAUGAGCGGUGGACAACAAAGGAGAUUUUCUUUAUGCGUUGCUCUCUUACAUGAUCCAAGUCUUUUGAUAUUAGAUGAACCGACUGUUGGAGUGGAUCCAAUAAUAAGUGCAAGUAUUUGGACAUAUUUGCAAGAUUUAACCAAUCGUGGAAAAACCAUAAUUAUAACUACGCAUUACAUCGAAGAAGCACGUCAAGCUAACAUGAUAGGAUUAAUGAGAAAAGGAGUUCUAUUAGCAGAGGCUUCACCUUUAGACAUUAUGGAGUCAUGUAAUGCUGAUACAUUAGAAAGUGCAUUUUUAAUACUCAGUCAAAAACAUUCAGCUCAUAUGUCUACGGAAAGAAAAAUAUCAAAUACUCCUCAGUCUUCAGCAACAACAACACUUAAAAAAUCGUCAUUUUUUUCUAAGACUCGUUUCAAAGCUCAAUUAUUAAAACAUUGGUAUUGGAGUGUCAGGAACUGGAAAAUUAUAGGUUUCGUAUGCCUUUUACCGAUUUUUACUCUACUUCUUUUCAACACCUUGAUUGGUCAAACUCCUGACCCAUUAAACUUUGGAAUUAUCAACAAAGAAAUCAAUAAACAUACUUGUCAAAAAAUUCAACUAGAAGAAAUGUGUGACGAUCAAAUUCCUUUAAGCUGCAAAUAUUUGUACCACCUUAAAAAUAACGAAAUAACUUUGAAAUAUUAUGAUGAUGAAGAGUUAGCCAAAUCAGAUGCAUUAUACAAUAAUAUUUGGGGUUAUUUAUUAUUUUCAAAUAACUUCACAAACUUAAUAAAUAAAAGAUACGAUGAUUCUUUUGGUAUGAGUUCUGAAGAUUUUGAACACAUGACAAUAUCAUCGUCAAUAGAUAUGUCUGAUUUUAUUAUUAGUAAACUAAUUCAAAGUAAAUUAAUUAAUAGUUUUGAGGAACUUAGUAAAGCAUUCAAUCAUUGUAAUUCUACAUCAGUGCGUUAUAUUGAUCCACGACCUUUUAAGAUAAUGGAACCAGUAUUUGGUAAAUUAAAAGUGAAUAUAGUUGAAUAUGGAACACCGGCAAUAAUAUCAAUUAUGGAAUUUUAUUUAACAUUUCUUUUUACUGCAUUAUCAAUUUGUAUGGAAAAAAAUCGUGGACUCAUGGAAAGAAGCCUUUCUGCAGGUCUAACAGUAACUGAAGUUCUUUUGUCACAAUUAAUAGUACAAAUCAUCAUGCUCGUUAUUCAAACAUUCACUAUUUUCACAUUACAAUUUAUUGUUUUUGAUUUUCCUUUCUUAAGUCCUUGGGCAGGACCUUUAACAAUCGUAUUUUUACAAGGAAUUUGUGGAACAUUUUUAGGCUUUGCGUCAAGUAUAGCAUUCAACGAAGAAAGGACAACAACUUUUAUAGGAAUAGGUAUCGUCUUAACACAAGUAUUUUUAAGUGGUUUAAUGUGGCCAACUGAAGCAAUGCAUCCAAUAAUCAGAAAUUUUGCUAAAAUUUUACCUCUAACAUUAUCUAUUGAAGCUUUUAGAUCAAUGAUAUCAAGGAAUUGGGGUAUACAACAUAUUGAUAUUUUUAGUGGUUUUGUAUCAAUAAUUAUUUGGAUAUUAAUAGCUGUUUUAAUUUCAAUUCUUAAUUUGAAGUUUAAACAAGGCAUACAAGCUAAAAAAUAAAUUAAUAGUCACAUUAAUUAUUUAUCACGGAAAAAUAUUUGAGCUUUAUAUUAAAUGUAUAGUUUUUAAAUAUAUUUAAAGUUAAUUAUUUUACCAAUCUUACAUCUUUGGUAGUAAUGUAAUAAAAAUUAUGUAAAUAUUUGUAAUAUUAUAUAUGUAUAGUUAGUGUAUAAUGAAUUUUUAUUACUAUAAUAUUAAAUC